GCUGUCAGUGUGCUACGCAAACGUUAUGUCUGUGCUCCUUCAGGUGGAGAUUUUGGAUGAUAAAACCAAAGAACAGCUGUGUUUUCUGGACAAGGUUGAGUAUCACUCAACUAUUGGUGAUAUUAAAGGACUUUUUCACAGAGUGUAUCCACACUGGUAUCCAGCGAGACAAGCGCUCAAACUCCAUCCCAGAUCAGGCGAGCUCAGAGACGAUGAGCUUUUACAGAAUUUACCGGUUGGUCUGACGGCCACGCUGUAUUUCCGAGACCUCGGCCCUCGUUUCGGCUGGACCAUGGUGUUUCUGUUGGAGUAUGUAGGACCGCUCCUGAUUUACCUGCUCUUCUACUUCCGACUCCCCUACACCUACACUCAUCCACACACCCUCACUCCACCCGGCCCCGACCCUGCGGUCAGUCUGGCGUGUGUGUGUCAUUCUCUCCAUUACGUUAAGAGACUGAUGGAGACAGUGUUUGUGCAUCGUUUCACCCAUGGCACUUUGCCUCUAGGGGUCAUCAUAAGAAACUGUGUGUAUUACUGGGGUUUUGCUGCGUGGUUGGCAUAUUACAUUAAUCACCCACUUUACACUCCACCAUCAUACGGACGGCCACAGAUCGGCUGUGCGCUCGUGAUGUUCACGCUGUGUGAGGUGGGAAAUUUCUCUAUCCACUGGUCACUCAACACCUCAGGAGGAGACGGAGAUAAAUAUCGAAGUUUCCCUCAUCCCUCUAAAAACCCCUUCACUUGGCUCUUCUUCUUUGUUUCCUGUCCCAAUUAUACAUAUGAGGUUGGAGUGUGGGUGAGUUUCUCCAUCAUGACUCAGUGUGUUCCAGUCGCUGUCUUCACGCUGAUCGGAUUUGUUCAGAUGACGAUAUGGGCAAAGUGGAAGCACAAAGCCUACACCCGGGAAUUUAAGGACUACCCUACUCUCCGUAUGUCCAUCCUCCCGUUCAUCCUCUGACAGUAAAACACACGAAUCUUCUGGAUGCACCUUCUCUCAAUCCUCCCAUUAAACACCUUCCAACUCUGAUGAUGAUGAAGUAGCGUAUGAGUACUCUUCUUCCUGUUCGAAUAAAACUUUUUCUAAAACUCUCUCUUUCACUUGUUUCUGGACAACUGACACCGAAUUGAACAGAUUAGUUCAGAACAGCGCUUUUAGCAUUUGUAAACACGGUGUACUGAGAGGUUGCGUGUGUGGUGUGCCGUAUGUUUAUUUCAUUGCUGGUUGCCAUGGUUUCACUGGUAGCAUCAGGCUCGUGAGAUAUCCACACAAGCUAGCUAUAGAAUGUAUAUAAAACCAGACCUCCGACCAUAAUCUUCUCACUAACAAUGCAAUUCUGGAGGGAAAUGCUGGUGUAUAAAAUACACACUCACAACUCGUCACUGUCGUCAGAAGGAAACUAAAACAAAAUAAACACGAAUCACAAUUAGCUCGUGUCCACUAACGACACACGCAAAGGAAUACAUUUGGUAAAACUAAAUUAGUACAUUUUGGCUUCUACACCAAAAACUGACAUUGCUUUGUAGGCUCUCAGUGGCAUUUAUUACAAAUCUACAUUCCUCUAGAGCUCUGGAAUAAAUCACACACACAUACACACACACACAGAGAGAGAGAGAGAGAGAGAGAGAGAGAGAGAGAGAGAAAUAGAGAGAUCACUAAUUAGCCCCUAAAGACUGGUCUUAAUGACAGCUGAAUUCAGAUGUUAUUGACUUCCUCCCAGUGAGGACGAGUGUCGCCUCCAGCCGAAGCCUGAAGCUAAACAUCCUGUCUAACACACCCCGAGGACAUGGCCUGGAGUACAUUGAGAGAGAGAGAGAGAGAGAGAGAGAGAGAGAGAAUAAUAUUGCUGUGUGGAAAAAGCACCGUGACCUCACACAGCCACAUCACUGUCACCUUAUCUCAUAAAAUUAUUUCUCAGUUUUGUCAUUAAAAAGUGCUUUAGUGGAACACCUAUAAGCAUUUAUAAGUAGAUUUUCUAAUUGAUAUUAAAUAACAAUGUUCUCUUUGUAAUUUGUUCGUGUGCUUAAAUGAAACGUUAACUGCUUUUAAAACACUUAGAAAAAAAAAAUAAAGCAUGAGAAAUUAUGGUUUCUUUUUUUCAAUUUUAAUUUCUCUUUUCAUCCUUUUCUUUUCCUUUUUCAUCUCACUUGCUAAAAAAAUCAUAUAUAAGUAAUUUAUAUAUUGCUAACAAAGUCCAACAAAUGACUGAAUAAAUAAAUAAAUAAGUCAGCCACCUUA